GUACAUGAUAAUUCCUAUGCCCUAUUAGUAACGACUGAGAGCACCACAGACAACGUAUACAAAGGCAAUGACCGGUCAAAAUUGUUAAGCAAUUGCGUAUUUCGUGUUGGUGCGGUCGCCCUUCUCCUCUCCAACAAACCGUCCGAUCAGAAUACCUGCAAGUAUGAGCUCGUCCACACCGUCCGAUCUCAAACAGCAAACACCGAUCGCUCCUACAACUGUAUUUUCAUGGAAGAAGAUGAACAAGGACACCGAGGAAUCUCGAUUAACAAAGAUCUCUUGUACGCAGCUAUGAAAACCAUUCGAUCAAACAUAUCCACUGUAGCUCCCCUAGUCCUUCCUCUAUCUGAGCAAUUCCGUUACUUGAUGAAUAUUAUAGUGCGGCGCUUUCGCACGGGAAGUAAAAUGGAGCCUUAUAAUCUUGAGUUCUCCAGAGCAAUCGAUCACUUCUUCCCACACGUCGGCGGGAAACCAGUGUUGGAUGAUUUGCAGAAGAAACUGGGAUUUAGCGAUGAACAAAUGGAAGCUUCUAGAAUGACAUUAUACAGAUUUGGUAACACUUCCAACAGUUCGAUUUGGUAUGAAGUGGCUUAUGUGGAGGCGAAAGGUAGGGUGAAAAAGGGAGACACAUUGUGGCAGAUUGCAUUCGGGUCGGGUUUCAAAUGUAGCAGUGUGAUUUGGCGGGCGACCCGAUCCAUUGAUCGCGACGAGAUGAAUCCAUGGCGCGAUGAAAUUGAUGAGUUCCCCGUAGAUGUUAGCAAGAUCGGAGCACUCUCAGACCUAUUCGUUGCUUCCAAGUAG